AUGUCAAAUCAAACAACGGGACUUCUAAAAUCAGCACAAGAAUUAUUAGAAAUUUCUAGAACUCUAAUCAUGUUGGGUGACAGAGCUGACUACCAUCAAGUAGUGUGCAAGUCGCUAACCGACAUUGUUAAGCAGUGGCAGAGACAAUUAUUAGCGAGCGUUCUAAACCAGAAAAAUGACGAAGCAAUAGAGAGCUAUAUAAAAUUAUUGCGAGAGGUUACUGAAUAUGUAAAAGAAGUUAGAAAGCCUGGGAGUUUCAGCCAUACAGCCCUUGCUAAUUUGAGCAGGGCAGUCAAAUCUAAUAAUGCAUGUAUCACAUCCAUCUUCUUACAAUACCACAAAGAUUUAGUCAAGCAAAUAGAAAAAGCAAUAAUUCAUUUCAUUGGUUCAGAUAAAGUAAUGAACGAAACCUUGAGUAAUGUCAAUUCACAUUACAAAGACAUCGAUACCUUAAUUUUAAUGAUGUUCCUUACAAAAGGCGUUAAAAUCCAUGACAGUAAUAUUGAGGCCAUCAAUAUAAAUCCUUCAAAUUUCGAGGAUUUGGAAACUGUUCCAAUGAUCGGUAUAUCAAAAAGAUUUGACUGGGUCAAAUAUGCAAUAGAAAUAUCAAAGUCUAGUGAUAAUUCGAACUUAUCAGUAGAGAUAAAGCGGAAGGUUUUUGAAGAGCUAAAAAAGGAAAAAGAAUUGUUUACCAGUUUAGAAUAUUAUUUUGACGGUAAAAAGACUUUAUUCACAAAAAGUCCAAUAAAUAUGGAAACCAACAUUUUGAUCAUAUCAGUAACAUUAAGUCAGCUUAAAGAGUACGAAUUUCAUAUUCGUAUAAUUAAACUUUAUGAUCCAAAGCAUAAAGAGAUUCAAAAAAGAAUUUAUGAUGGAGAAAUA